AUGGCGCCCGGUGCUGCCGGAUACGGCUAUGUUGUCCACCAAAGCGGACGCUCUGUUUGCCAAGGCGCAGGACGCCUCGGCCCUGCGGAGGUGUUCGACGCUGAGGCUAAAGGAGCGCUGGAGGGUCUCAAAGCCGCCCUUAGGCUUCCCCAGUCUGGCACACAACGAAUAGUGGUAUGCCUCGACAACAUCGCAGCUGCCAAAUGCCUUCGAGGCAAGCCAUCAGACUCGUCGCAGAGGGUCUUCCUAACCUUUCAGGCCCUAGCAAAGACGCACCGAAAGACCGAGGUCCGCUGGAUACCUGGACACACCAAGAUUCCAGGAAAUGAACAAGCCGACAUCCCUGCGAAGACGGGAUGCGCCCAACCCGAACCCGCAGACGCAGUUCCAACACUGGCCUACUUGCGAAAGACCGCCAGGCAGCGGUCCAAAAUCGCAGUCCAAGCCUGGUGGGAUGCUUCUGCACCCGAUAAGUACAAGCAUCUGAACGUCAAGUUCCCUUCUAACUGUCCACCGGAGCUAGCCCUCCCACGAACAAUCCUUCACCACCUGGUAGCCGCGAGGACACAUCAUGGUGAUUUUGCUGACUACCACGAAAGAUUCCACCACAGCGAUGCCGGUAUUACAUGCUCUUGCGGUCGGCUUCUGGGAGGGCACAGCCGGCCUUGGCGACUUGACCAAUUCCCUACACUCCCAACACCGAUCAUCCCUGAGGAGCAGUCACCCAUUGACAUCACGGAAGCAGCUGACCAGUCGUCGACGAGCAAGUCGUUGCUUACAACGUCAAACUUCAAGUCUUCCGGACCCUUCUGUGAACACUUUAACGAGGCUGCCAAGCAAUUCGCAACCGGACCGGAACGCGAUUUCGCCCAACAAUUCUCCGAAAGUUUCCUUGGAUUCUGGAAGAAAACGCUCAGCAAUACUCAAUCCGCCUCUUCGCCAACCUAUAGUAGUGUCGCUGCUUAUUCCAAUCCUCCUCGCACUCUUUACGCGCACCGCCAACCCGCUCCCACGCAUCGCCAAGGGCAACCCACGACUUCUGCCCCACCCCGGGACGAUCUUCGGGUAUUCGUCCGCCUCGACGCCGAUGCCCCGGCCAGAAACCAUAUCGGCUACGCGAUCCGCGCUCAUGUUGCCAGCAAGACCGGUAUUGAACUCAAUCGAAUCCCCCAAGUCCUACAAGUAAAUACUGGAUGGGCCAUUCGAGCCAUAGACAAGCUCACACGCGAUCUUCUCGUAGAACGCCGGGCGGAAUGGGCUGAAGACCUUGGCGCAACAGCCGUAGAGACCAGCCAGAAGUGGUAUACAUAUGCUGUAGACAACUGCCCUCGUAGGCUUACCGACCUUUAUGGGAAUGAACUGAACUACGACACUGCUGCUCGCGACGAGAUCAACCACCAGACAGGCCUCACGCCGGUCAGCGUCCGAGUCCCUCGCCGCGACAAUGAACAACUCCCUUACAAAACACUCAUCAUUUCCUUUCUUGAACCAACAAAAGGACCUUGGAGCCUGUUUGGCACCAGCCGAUUAGCCAGACUGAUCGAAAGAACCAACCCUCCCAAACAGUGCGAGAACUGCUGGGACUACCACACCCGACAUGCAUGCAACAGACAAACACGAUGCAAACGCUGCGGAAAGACUAACCACGACAGUGACAGCUGCACUGCCGCCGAGCAGUGUGCCAACUGCCUCGGACCGCACACUGCGAACCUCGCAGCCUGCCCGGCGCGGCCAAAGAGAGUGCCGCGCAACGACAGCCUCCUCAGGCGGCACCUAAUGGCCAUCCGACACCAGAAGUCGUGGCAGAACAGCAGCGUGCUCCAAUGGCGGUCAUGGAACCGCCCCGGGAGCAUACGGCCAAGAACAUACAAGGUCCUCCAAGCGAACGUGGGCAAGAUCCCGGCCGCCCACGACUGCGCUCUAGCAUUGGCCGACUCGGAAAAGUAUGAUAUCGUCCUUCUGCAAGAACCUUGGACAGAAGCAAAGAACUCUCGAUGUCUCACGAAGACGCAUCCAGCGUUCGAAUCUUUCUCCCCGGUCGACAGCUGGGACGGCAACGACACGCGACCCAGGGUCAUGACAUACAUUCGCAAGAACUCACGUAUUCUAGUAGACCAGAGGCGUCCAGCACUCACCCGCGACAUACUCUGGAUAUCAGCCAACGGAGCGACCAUCGUAAACUUCUAUCGCCAGGGCGAUGCCGCACUGAACGUUCUGCUGCGGUGGACACCGCCGGAGAAGUGUAUGGUAGCGGGCGACUUCAAUGCCAAGCUUUACUCCUGGCAAACGGGCAGAUUAGAGGGCCGCGGAGAGGACAUCGCCGCGUGGGCAGCUGAACACGGCCUCAAUCUGUUGAAUACUGCAGAUGUGCCCACAAAGCCUCACGGCAACACAAUCGAUCUAGCCUUCUCUAACAUUGAUCUGGCAGCCGCCGUCGUAGAGGACCACCUAGCCACCAGCUCUGAUCACUUCACCCUCAGCCUCACGCUGCCGGAUGUUGCCUUCAGCUCCCCGCAGGUGCCAGGCAAGAUCCGGGUCACCACCGAAGACGAACUACAGCGCUUUAAAGAACUCGUUCUGACGGGAAUAUGGCGAAUACCACAAGGCAAUGCAACAGUCUCGGAGCUGGACAAUCUGGCUACGGCACUGGUUGAACUUCUCCAAUCGGCAGCCACUGCCGCUGGUCGUCCUGUCCGGAAGGGGACCCGGAGUGCGCCAUGGUGGACCGAGGAAUGUGCCGGCGCAGCUGCGGAGUACCGGGCCAUCAGGAGGAUUUUCCCACUGGGCUUCAAUCGGGACGUACAACUUGCGCGAAAAGACUCCCAACGGGUGGUUCGCCGUGCCAAACGUCAGUGCUGGCGCAACCUCAUCGACGGAUUUUCCGACAGUGCAUCAGUCUUCAAGGCAGUUGGGGACACUGUGUAUGAAACUCAACUCGGCAAAGCGAACGCUUUAAGACACAGCACGCUCGAGCGCCGCACUGCAGCAGAUGACAUCCCAGAUCCAUGGAUUCCAGUCAGCCCAACUCGUGUGAUACCCUUUGGGCAAGAAAUCACACUACAGGAGGUGGAGGACGCCACUAUCAAGACAGGGAACACCUCACCCGGAGCAGACAACAUCACGGUCAAGCUGCUACAAGCAGUAUGGGACAUCAUUGGAGGGCACGUUCGACGCCUCUACCAGGGAUGUCUUGUGGCAGGCUACCACCCGAAAGCCUUUCGAGAAAUCGAAGUAGUCAUGAUUCCCAAGCCAGGGAGGAGAGAUCUGUCGAAGCCUAGGGCAUGGCGGCCCAUCUCACUCCUCUCCUGUCUCGGCAAAGGCCUCGAGCGUCUUCUCGCUCGCCGUAUUGCAUGGGCAUCGAUAAACUACGGGGUCCUCCAUCCUCAUCAGGCUGGAGCUCUUCCAAAAAGAUCAGCUGUCGACCUGGUCGCAGCACUCGUCCACGACAUCGAGGAGGCGCUCGUACGCGGGCAAGUGGCCACACUGGUGACUGCCGACAUCCAAGGUGCCUUCGACUCGGCUCUCUGCAACCGCCUCGUUUUGCGGCUUCGCCAACAGGGCUGGCCCGACAAUCUCUCGCGCUGGGCAGGCUCGUUUAUGAGCAGCCGCUCCGCCCGGGUGAGAUAUCAGGACAUCACCACACCGACGACACCUCUGCAGUGUGGUCUUCCACAAGGAUCGCCCGUAUCCCCGAUCUUAUUUCUGUUAUACACCGAGCCGGUUUACCGCUUGGGCGACCCCGAGAGAAGGUUUGGUUAUGCAGACGAUACCGCCAUUCUCUGUACAGGGAAAUCUGUGGAAGAAACCGCCAGGAAAGCGUCGGCGUAUAUCCGAGAGCUCGAAGACUGGGGCGCCGCCAACGGCAUCUCAUCUGACCCGGACAAAACAGAAGUCAUGCAUUUUUCACUGAAGACGCGGGAAGCCAUGCCGCCCAUCCGGCACGACGACGCGGUAAAGCACCCGGAAAAGGCCAUGCGCUGGCUGGGAAUCUGGCUUGACAGCAAACUAGCAUUCAAGACUCAUGUUGAGAAGUGGACAGCCACGGCCCAAGCGGUGGCUUGCCACCUGCGGAGCUUAGGCAAUACACGAUGUGGUCCCUUGCCGAGCGCUGUACAAAGGCCUGUUAGAGCCUGUGUCGAACCAGUCCUGCUGUUUGGAACGGAAGCCUGGUACCCGGGCACACGGAGCCCGCGUUGGAGACAGCCAUCGAAAGAAGGACCGUCCAGAAUCCAACAACUUGUAAAGAAAAUGACCAAGGCCAUCAAACAAGCCAUCCGCUCCAUCCUCCCGACGUGGAAGACGACACCAAUCACAGUUCUGCACCGAGAAAGCGGCAUACCGCCGAUUCUCCAGCUGCUUGAGGCGAAACGACUACGCUUCUCUGCUCGUAUUAAGUCCCUGGAUAAAGAACAUCCUCUAGCUAGACGCACUGCCGAGGUGACGCCACCGCCCAUCAUCAAGAGUAUCAAGUUGAGAUACCAGCGUCAACCCAAAAGCUUCCCAACUCGAUUGAGAAGAACCGACAAGCUGCUGGCAAAUUGCCAACGCCCCGUGCUGUUCCCGCAUUCCGCCGAGGACUUUGACAGGUGGCUCCAGUCCAUCCCUCCAUCUACUCUAGUUGUAUACUCAGACGGCUCACUGUCCGAGAAGGGCGCUGCCGGAUACGGCUAUGCCGUUCAUCAACGCGACCACUCUAUUUGUCAAGGUGCAGGACGCCUCGGCCCUGCUGAAGUAUUCGACGCUGAGGCGAAAGGAGCAUUUGAAGGCCUGAAGGCCGCGCUGAGAUUACCACAAUCUGCCUCUCAGAAGAUAACUGUUUGCCUUGAUAACAUUGCAGCCGCCAGAUGA